AUGAUAAUAACGCGGACCCAGCUAGGGAAACCUAGCGUGAUCGCAGUAUGUCUGUUGUUCGUCGCUACCUGUCUCGUCUCAUUGUUCCUGGCUCGAUCAGACCUGGAUGUUGAUCAUUUGAACCCAUUCAGAGGAUCGGAUGAAAUAGCGAUUCCUGACGAUAGCAUUGCAUUGAGACCCGCGUUUGCUACUGCCUCAGUCAGCGAAAGCACUUCGAGCAGCAGCCUCAGUGCAUCGAGUAGCAGUCCGACCACGCCGAGCAGCGUCGCUACCACGUUGAGUGGCAGCCCUUCCACGUCAAGCAGCAGCCCUACCACUUCGAUAGCAGAAGAACAAGAUGAUCAACCAAAUUUCAAUGCAACAAGUGCCAAGGAUCCUGCAGAGGACGACGCAUAUGACCCAGGGAGUGACUUUCGCGAGAUUUAUUCUCUCUCCCGCAGCGGUGGGACCUUCUUUCCGGUCUCCUUCGGCAACGAGUUGGCGUACAAUCUCAACAUUCUGCCUCAUCCUGAACAACCAGAUCAGUAUGUUCUGCUCGCUCAAGCAGGUCUCCCGGGGGCGCUUGUACUAAAGGAGACGACUUGCAUCGCUGAAAUUCAUGAUGGCAUUCUUGCUUGUAUCGAACCCGCAGUCUAUCUAGAACCAACUCCCUCGAUUUCCUGUGUCAAGUGCGUAGAUGGAGAAUCACCCCCUAUGCUCAACAUGGUGUUCGGACCUCGAGAUGCCCGUAUGUUCAACGGCCCUGAGCAUUCUUAUAUCAUGUACGGCUCUCAAUCUCAGUACACCUGGCUGGGGCUCUGGAUCCAGAAUGCGGGAAGACUGAUCCCGACUUUGGACCAAGGCAACUCAAACGAUUCAGUUGCGUUUCCCGAGGUUACGGAGAUUCAACGACCACCGCCUACUAAGCUGGGCUACGAGAAAAAUUACUUUCUUUUCUGGGACGAUCAGGGAACCAUGUACGCACAUCACGACAUAUUUCCCAAUCGAACAUUUGCUCAGCUCUCUACGAACGGAUCCGUCGGCGCUGAUCUCUCUCUGGAAAGUGCCCCGAUCGAUACAGUUUGCAUGGCUAAACAUAUGCCCAAGCCAGGACCUGAGCUAGAAAGUGUUCACCAGUCUACCAAUUCGUUAGCUCUAACCCUAUGCCGGCGUGCUGAUCCGAGCUGUUCUCCGAGCAACGACAAUACAUUCAUAAUCACCAUUUUCCAGCACAAAACCUAUCAUUACUACCACGCUCUUUACUACUCUUAUGUCAUGUUGUUUCAACAAGCUGCGCCAUUUGCAGUCCAUGGUAUCUCUUCAAAGCCACUGUGGAUUCAUGGCCGCGACAUGCUCACGAACAAGACACAUGCAGCGUUUUACGAGGAACACCCGUCCUCAUUGCCCCCAAAUCAUACGGAAAUGUUCUACAUCACCAGCAUUAGUUGGAAAUCUCCUAGCCAGAGAUAUCAUGGAUAUAUUGACGAUGCCCUGUUUGUGUCCUUUGGGAUAGAAGACACAAAAUCCGGCACCAUUGAUGUUCUGGCCGGCGACUUAAUACAAGACUUGGCAUAUUGCGAUGAAGAAUAG